UCAGAAAAUUUCAAGGUCUUUUCCAUUAUGGCGACAGGGCAUCCUACAUCGCAGACAUGGAAACUACAACAUGAAGCGAUAUUCGACAAUGGUGGACAGUUAUGACGACAAAUUCGGAAGUGGCAUGUAUGCAGCCAACGGUUACUCACUGUAUCUCAGCCAGUCCACCAUUCUUAGAUGCAUUGAAGAGAUAUGUAAACGACAAAGCGUACACAUGCCGAUCACGAUAGCAGAUUUCGGGACAGCGGAUGGACGGACAUCUCUCAACUUAUUAAACAAUGCCAUUACCACAAUACAGGAGAUGUCCGGGGCGGCCAAACCCGUCAUGAUAUACCACGAAGAUCAAGCAACCAACGACUUCAACUUGCUAUAUCGGGUUAUUGAAGGCACAGAAGAUGAAGGACAAGAUAGACUCAAGCUAUCCUCCAGUGUUUUCCAGGCUGCAAUUGGUCGUUCAAUGUACGAAGAAUGUCUUCCAAACAAUUCAGUAGAUCUGGCAUUUUCCUCCAUUGUAGUGCAUAACUUGUCACGAAGACCGUGCCGAAUAGAGGGAGGAACAUUGUCUUGUGAUGGUAAUGAGAAGGAGAAGGCGUUGAUAAAAGAGCAAUCUGCAAAGGACUGGGAAAGAUUUGUCUACCUACGAGGAAAGGAGCUAAGUCCAGGCGGUUAUCUGGUGGUACUGAACUGUGGUGUUGAUAAGACAGGUAAAAAUUUACAUCCAAUAUCGGGUGGAAUGCCUCGACUAGGGAAGCUGCUCAAUACCAUGCUUCAGGAUGGAUUGAUAACACAGGAAGAAUUCCUUGAUGCUAACUUUGAUGUGGAUAUAUACAGGACAGAGGAAGACCACAGCCGUCCGUUUACACAUGGUGGCAUGGCGAAGCAAUUAGGUUUAGAGCUGGUAUCCGUUCGUUCAUUCAUCAAUACAUUGCAACAUCCUACAUUCGAUAUUGUAGAUAAAGAUGCAGCUGCAAAAGCAGAGUAUGCCGAGAGAGUGGUGGCAGGUAUAAAGCCGUGGUUCUAUCACGUGAUCUACAACGGGCUGUCUGAAAAGAGACCACAUGAAGAGAGAAAACAGUUGACUGAUCUCUACUUCGACAGAAUGAGGGCAUUUGCAUAUGACAACCAUGCUGGUGGGACAGAAAUACCAUUGGUGGAAACAGUGGUCAGGAAAAGGCUUUAACAUAUAAAUCAGGGAACUUGGUAUACGAUGCCUAUACCAAUAUUAUUACUAAAAUCAUCAUAACUCAAUAGUUAGUUACAUAUUCUGAUUAUCUAACUAAAACAAGUAUCAACAUAAUAAGCAAGAAAGCCAACUGCACCCUAGGCUUACUGAUGAGGCACUUGAAGAUCUCAAGACUA